AAAUCACAGGGAUGCGGAGAAUGCUGAGAGAAUGUUUCUUUAAGACCCAUUACCUUCCAAUCCCACCGAGAGGGGGGGGGGGUCCGUGCUAAGGUGGUGUAACGUCACUCUCCCUCCCUGCUCCUCUUCCUCGUCGUCGUUUACAUGUGGGGAAAAAAAAGGGGGUGGGGGAUACACACAUUAGGAAGAGUGGGGCUUUUCUCGGAUCCGGAUGAGGGGCGCCGACCCACGCAAAAAAUGGACCCGAGGACUAUUUAACGGCAAAGCAACACCGCGACGGAUAUGGAAAACUGGGGUUGAGGUCAGGGCUUUUCCAAGCAGUCCUUUAUGGACAUUGCUUUUUACAUUGUGCCCUGGCCAUGCCAGGACAGAAAAAAAUGUCCUUCCCAUCAAGUUGGAAGCCGAGUUGUCCUAACUGCUAGUCCGGCUAGUGUCUGUGUAUCACUUCUGUCAUCCAGGUCAAGCGAUUGCACUAUGUUGUGAGAAGUGCUACCUUGUGGAUACAGUCAAGGAGUACAUCCCCUUCCUCAAGCUCAAUAUUUCUCCACUGACUCUCCCCCAUUACUGCCCUCUGCUCGUCUCAGCCACCCACGGAAUGAUUUCCCCGUAGAAAUAGUUCCAAAGCAUUCAGAGACGUGCAGGUUUGAGGCCUAAAUAGAAAAAAAAAGAAGAAAAUAUGCUCACUAAAGGGAUUAUAUUUCUCCAGAAAUGUAAAGUUUUACAUUUUGAGCAUCAUAUUAUAAUCCUCCCUGCAAUCUCAUAAAACCCAAGAUUUCUUUUUUCUGCACACCUUCAGUAGUUGACUCACACUCUCCGGUCUCAUGAUGAUGUGUGAGGUGAUGCCCACCAUUUCUGAGGAUGGGCGAAGCGGCACGACCGGGGGCGCCUCCCCCCCGGCCGGACCCGGGGUGGGAGGACCGGGCGGUGCCAUGGGAGCUGGAGGAGCAGGAGGGGGCUUUAGCGGGAGGGAUAUCCGAAGCGGGGGAGACGAAGGAGGCAGCACGGGCAACCUGGAGUCUCUGAUGGUUAACAUGCUGACGGAGAGGGAGAGGCUGCUGGAGAACCUGAGGGAGACGCAGGAUAGCCUGGGGACGGCGCAGCUCCGCCUACGAGAGCUCAGCCACGAGAAGGAGUCUCUUCAACGGCAACUCUCCAUCGCUCUGCCACAGGAGUUUGCCGUGUUGACGAAAGAGCUCAACGUUUGCCGGGAGCAGCUUCUGGAGAGAGAGGAGGAGAUUGCGGAGCUCAAGGCGGAGAGAAACAACACGCGCUUGUUGCUGGAGCACCUGGAAUGCCUGGUGUCCCGUCACGAACGCAGUCUGAGGAUGACGGUGGUCAAGAGGCAAGCCCAGUCGCCAGCGGGGGUCUCCAGCGAGGUGGAAGUCCUCAAGGCCCUCAAGUCUCUCUUUGAGCACCACAAGGCUCUGGAUGAGAAGGUUCGAGAGCGUCUCCGAGUGGCCCUGGAGAGGGUGUCCAUGUUGGAGGAUCAACUAGCAGCAUCUUCUCAAGAGGUAAUCUCUUUACGAGACCAAAUUAAAAGGCGUCAACAAGGGGUGGACGGCGGGAAAGAUCGACUCCCCAACGGCCCCGCCUCUGGCCUGGAGGACAGCGAGCUGGAAAGACAGCGGGAAGUGGAAAUAGAGCGUCAGAGAGCCGAACUCUCCCAGCUAAAAGAGAGGCUGGCCCUCAUGUGCCGGCAGGUUGGCGAAAUUGAGGAACAGCUUGCGGCCGCCAGGAGGGAGGUGACAAAGUCGGAGGAGGCCAAUCAGAAGCUCCAACGGGAAGUCAAAGAGGCCCUUUGCCAAAGGGAGGACAUGGAGGAAAGAAUUACGACACUGGAACGCAGGUACCUAAGCGCUCAAAGGGAGGCCACGUCCCUCCACGACAUCAAGGACAAGCUGGAAAACGAGCUAGCCAGCAAGGAGUCCCUCCAUCGGCAGAGCGAGGAGAAGAACCGCCAACUGCAAGAGCGUCUGGACGAAGCUAAGCAGAAGCUCCAGCAAACCCUGCAAAGAGCCGAGACGCUGCCGGAGAUCGAAGCGCAGCUUGCGCAGAGGGUCGCCGCGCUCAAUAAGGCGGAAGAGCGCCACGGUAACUUUGAGGAGCGACUACGGCAAAUGGAAGCUCAACUAGAAGAGAAGAACCAAGAGCUGCAGAGAGCGAGGCAGAGGGAAAAAAUGAACGACGAACACAACAAACGUCUCUCGGACACCGUCGACAAACUUCUGUCCGAGUCCAACGAGAGACUUCAGCUGCAUCUUAAAGAGAGGAUGGCAGCGCUGGAAGAAAAGAAUGCGCUCUCGGAAGAACUGGCCAAUAUGAAGAAAAUCCAGGAUGACCUUCUUGCUAAUAAGGAGCAGCUCCUUGCUGAGCUGGAACGGAUCCAACUGGAGCUGGACCAGCUGAGGGGCAGGCCCGGCUCAUCUUAUUCCAGGGCGGGCAGCGUGAGCUCCCUUCCGUCCACCUUGUUUCGAAGAUCCCUUCCGGGGAGCGCCUCGGAGCUGAGGUACCCCCAGGGCGGGGGCUCGCUCCCGGCCGGCUACAGCAGCUCCUCCGGCGCCGUGGUGGUCAGGCGGACUCACCGCGGCCGCUGGGGGCAAGCUCGGGACGACUGUAACAAGUAUGGCGAAUGGGACGCCGGUAGCAUGAUGGGUCCGGGUUUCGAAGGCGCGGAGGGAGUCUGCUCCGACGACGACGACGACAGGGAGACUCUGUUUGGGUCAGAGCUGUUAUCGCCGAGCGGGCAGACGGAUGUACAGACUUUAGCCAUUAUGCUACAGGAGCAACUGGAGGCCAUCAACAAGGAGAUUAAGCUCAUCCAGGAGGAAAAGGAGAACACAGAGUUGAGGGCGGAGGAGAUUGAGAGUCGGGUUAGCAGCGUGGCACUGGACGCGUCCUCCAUUCUGCCUUCCUCGCUCGGAGGACGGGACAGUGUCGGCCGGGGAUACAUGACCCCCUCCAUCACCUCCUCGACAUUAGCGUCUCCUUCACCUCCGAGCUCUGGCCAUUCCACCCCCCGCCUACCACAUUCUCCCGCCAGGGAGACUGAGCGACUGAACAGCAAAGAUGGCGAGGAAUGCCGAGCGCUAGCCUUGAUUGACUCCAACCCUCCCGCUGUCCCUCGAGCCCUGCGACUAGACCGGAUGACACACACACACCCAGGAGCCGGUCUGGAUGAUCACAGGGAAUUUCGCAGUCUCUCUGCUGAUGGGGCCAUCACCGCCAGCCAGGAUUCCCUCCACAAAGCCAGCAAAAAGAAAAGCAUCAAGUCCUCCAUUGGCCGUCUUUUUGGGAAAAAGGAAAAGGGGAGGAUCGGUGCUCCUGGACGCGAGUCUACCUCUUUGGCCUCAACACCGUCUGAUGACUUGGGCCCGGCAGACCCAUUGGGUCUGGCUAAACUCGGGACAGGAACUGUAGAAAAAGACCGGCGAAGUAAAAAGAAACACGACCUGCUCGAGGAGGCUUGUCGUCAAGGUUUGCCCUUCGCCUCGUGGGAUGGUCCGACGGUUGUCACGUGGCUCGAGUUAUGGGUGGGAAUGCCGGCAUGGUACGUGGCGGCGUGCCGCGCCAACGUGAAGAGCGGCGCCAUCAUGGCCAACCUCUCCGAUACGGAGAUCCAGAGAGAGAUCGGCAUAAGCAACCCGCUGCACAGGCUCAAACUCCGCCUGGCCAUCCAGGAGAUGGUUUCCCUCACCAGCCCGUCGGCGCCGGCGAGCACACGCUCGUCGACCAGUAAUAUUUGGAUGACGCACGCUGAGAUGGAGUCACUCGCCGCCGCCACUAAGCCAGAGCAGAAAGAGUUCAGCUGGGAUCAGGUGAGCCGUUACUACCUAUGCGAUGAUUUUUGUCAAACGUGCCGAGAUAUUAUUAUCCACGUGUCCCAUCUACAGAUUCUGGCUUACGGCGAUAUGAACCACGAGUGGGUGGGGAACGAGUGGCUGCCUAGUUUAGGUUUACCCCAGUACCGCUCCUACUUCAUGGAGUCCUUGGUGGACGCCCGAAUGCUCGAUCACCUCACCAAGAAAGAGUUGAGGGGCCAGCUAAAGAUGGUGGACAGCUUCCACAGGGUGAGUCUUCAUUACGGCAUCAUGUGCUUGAAGCGCUUGAACUAUGACAGGAAGGAGCUGGAGAGGAGGAGGGAGGAUAGUCAGCAUCAGAACCAAGAUGUGAUGGUGUGGUCCAACGAGCGGGUGAUGUGUUGGGUGCAGUCCAUCGGGCUCAAAGAGUUUGCAGACAACCUGUUAGAAAGCGGAGUUCACGGAGCUCUGCUGGCUCUGGACGACACCUUCGACUACACCGACUUGGCCCUUCUUCUGCAGAUACCCAAUCAGAACACGCAGGCAAGGCAGAUCUUGGAAAAGGAGUACAAUGCUCUCAUCUCCAUGGGAACGGAGAGGAGGCCCGAUGAGGACGGCACCAAAACGUUCACGCGGUCGCCCUCGUGGAGAAAGAUGUUCCGGGAGAAAGACCUCCGCGGCGUCACCUCCGACUCUUCGGAAACGUUACCGGCCAACUUCCGUGCCUCUGCGAUCUCGACACCUUCUGUCACCCUGAGGAAAGUUCAGAGUGAAGUGAACUCGGGUCAAAGGGGGGAGUCGGCGUCAGUAAGAACAUAUUCCUGCUAAGAUAAAAGCACAUCAGAAGACACAACCGGAGCCCGGGAAGUGACAUUGGAGUUAGACAUCUGAAAAGAAUCAAAGACUCUGAGUACAUGAGGUCAGAUGAUAUUAUAAUGAAUGGAUGCCUUUUGAAUCAUCUCUCUGUCUUUAUCUCUCAAUCCAUUGUUGUGGCAUGAUGCUGUUUGAUUCUGUAGAAAGUGACCAACGCCUAUUGUGAAUUUAACUUUUGUUUUUGGAGUGUGCAAUGGCAAUACUGACACAUUGAAUUUAUAGUUUUGCAAGGGGAAAUCGGCUCCUGUUCAGAACGAUGCCUUCAGGUUGAAUUGGAUGACAAUUGGAUAAAUGAUAACCAACUUUUAGCAACAUCCCACUUCAGGAUGGUGGUAAGCCAUAAAAUAUACGCCAGAGGCACAAAUGCGAACAGGACAGUUUAAGCAAAAAUACGAGAUUUGUGUUCAUAUGCAUGCCGAAAUGAAACAUUUUCGAGUGAACGUCUGUCAUCUAAUGAUGUGGAAGCUUGGGUAUAUAAGAAGUUUGUAAAAGGUGUGUAUUUUAUUUUUAUCAUUUUUUUAUGACAAUUGCUAUUGUAUGUAUGUACAGUAUGUAUGCGUGUAAACUAUAUGUUCAUUUCAUACUUUGUUUGAAGAUGGAUGUUACUUUCAGUUUAGCUUAAGACAAAAAAAUAUCUUUUCAAAUUACGAACAGUCAAGAUAUGCUACUCGUUUGUGUACAUUUUGGAAAAACAGAUUGUCUUAUGGGUUAAGUUGAUAUUAAUGAAGAGUAGUGAUGAUAAUUGAAUAUAUUAUGACAACAAUAAUGAUGAUUGUAAAAGCUGUAAUAGAAAAAAACAAACCAAUCUGUAUGAUGCUUCUGAAAGUUGUUUUUCCCAAUCGGAUUUGUCAUUUGAAAGUUGGGGUAGUGCAGAGUGUGUACCAGGUGAGAACCCCAACGCCACUUUUGUUUCCGUGGCGACGGAGGAUAGAAAACCAGCGUCUUCAGUCCUGCAAAACAGUGGAGAACACUGACAUCUAGAGGCGUGACAGCGUAAUUGCAGAAUUAACGGAAGCGCUCUAGUUGAGCGUCUUCAACGCCUUUUCCCGUGGGAUAGGAUAUUGAUUUAGACAGCAAAGAAACAAAUAUUCGUGACGAUUCACAUUUUAUUGGACGCAAAGUUAGUAUAUGGGCAGAAUGGGUCUUAAAACAGUCUCUCAAACUUUGGUAACUGUGGAACAACGUCAUGUGGUCAUUGUAACGUGAUAAAAUUUUAACGAGAAAGUAACGUCA